UGGUUUUUUUUAACUGACUACAAAUUCAGCAGCCAUUUUUUUAUUUGUUCAAUUUGGACAUAAACAUUGAUUAAUUACAGCUGGAGCUGCUCCUGCACAAGGCUACACAGAUUUGAAGGCCACGGUAUACUUUCCAUGACUUGGUACAUUCCGCUCCUCCCCCUCUUGUGUGGACCUAUUUGUGAGGUUCCACUUUGUGUUUACCAGUCAGAGCCAUGGACGGUCGGAGCAUUCGGAGUCAGAGGCAGGAAGAGGACGAGGAACAGCGGGGACAACCAUAUGCCAAAAUUUCAGCCACUUCCGGGGAGCCAGGGACUGUCGCGCUGUGGACUGAAACAAUGCCGUGGUUGUGGAACCAAAACGUGCUGGACCAGAACGACCCUGCGGUGUGGAACCAAACCCACCAGAUUUGUGGUGCAGGUUUGUGCCAGUCCGGCAAGUUCGGUUCUACAACCGCUGGGUUGUUCUGGUCCAGCAUGUCUGGUUCUACAACCUUGGCCAAAAGAAACCCCCAACCUUGUCAUUGUGGAACCCAACCUGGCAACCCUCGCACUGUGCGCAACCCAGCAGCCGCUGUGGGACCCAACCUGGCAACCCUCGCACUGUGCGCAACCCAGCACCUGCUGUGGGACCCAACCUGGCAACCCUCGCACUGCAUGCAACCCAGCAGCCACUGUUGGACCCAACCUGGUAACCCUCACACUGCGCGCAACCCAGCAGCCGCUGGCAACCCACUGAUGGCAACCCUCACACUGCAUGCAACCCAGCAGCCUGUUGGACCCAACCUGGCAACCCUUGCAAAAAAACCCUCUUUCCAUCCACUUGAAUCUGACCACCACUACAGUGUACACAAGCCAGCCAUUGCCCACACUGCCAAGUUCCCACAUCCCUGCCCACUCGCACAACCCAGCCGUUGUGUAACCAAUCAACCUCUCACACAACCCAGCCGUUGUGUAACCAAUCAACCUUUCGCACAACCCAGCCGUUGUGUAACCCAAGCCAGUCACCAUUCCCACAACCCAACCGUUGUGGUACUGAACCUACGACCUCAUGAACCGAACAACAACCGCAAUCUUGGUUGA